AUGCAGUUCAAUCUUCUGAUGCUGGCUUUGACGGCCACGCCGGCCCUUUCCUACUUUCACUUCAAUCCUCUGGAGCACUCUGCCGGCAUCUCACCGUACUUCACUCCCCACAACCCUCCCAUUGAUGCCUCACCGCCACAAGGUUGCAAUGUCACUCGAGCAGCCUUCCUCAUCCGCCAUGCCGCUAUUUACGGCAAUGACUUUGACUAUGAGAGCUACCUGGAGCCGCUGGUGAAGAAGCUGCGGAACUCGACACAGGACUGGUCCUCAACCCAGUCUCUGCGUUUCCUGGCCAACUGGACUGCACCGGUCGAUGAGGAGCAUCUGGAGAAGCUGACCCGCAUUGGGAUGCAGCAGGCCAUGUUGCUCGGUGCCAGUGUGCGCCAGAGAUACGAUCACCUGAAGAUGCCCGAGAAGGUCUGGUCCUCUACCGCGGAUCGCACCGUGAAGAGUGCGGAAUCUUUCCUUGCCGGAUACACUCGCAACCACACCAAUCAGGUCAAUUUGACUCAGAUUGAAGAGAGCAAGAAGUCCGGAGCCGAUUCAUUGACUCCCUACAAGAGCUGUGGGGCGUACAGUUCUUCCUACGGAAGCAAACAAUCUUCGCAAUUUGUCGACGUGUACACCAAGCCCAUCAUUGCACGUCUCCAGGCCGAGGCCCCUCGGUUCAACUUCACCCAGGACGAUAUCACAGCCAUGUUCGAGCUCUGCGGGUAUGAGACCGUCAUCCGCGGUGACUCGCCUUUCUGCUCGCCUAGUCUCUUCAAUGCCGAUGAGUGGCUGGGCUUCGAGUACGCCAACGACAUCAUGUACUUCCACAACACGGGUUACGGUCGGGAGCUCUCGCCAUCUCUCGGCUUCCCCUGGGUUAAUGCCACCGUCGCUGCUCUGAACGACGAGUCCGCCUCGCAGGAGCUCUACGUCUCCUUCACGCACCGCGAGCUUCCGCCCACCGUGAUCACCACGCUGGGUCUCUACAACAACAGCGCCUUCACUGGCGCCAACAAUGUGAACCAGACCAUGCCCAACAACACCAUCAACUACAACCGUGCCUGGAAGAGCAGCGAGAUCCUCCCCUUCCUGACCAAUAUUGCCAUUGAGAAGAUGUCCUGUGAGAGUCCUGGCUUUGACGAGGGCACCUACUACCGCGUCCUGAAUAACGCCAGCCCUCAACCGCUGGUGGGAUGCCGUGAUGGGCCCGGUGGAAGCUGCUCCCAGGACGAGUUCCUUGACUGGAUCAAGACUCGCGGCACCAUGUAUGGUGACUUUAACAAGGCGUGCGGUAAUGACAGUCUCCCGUCGACGCUCUCCAUUUACGAGGCGUAA